GUGAGGCUGUCUCCGCUCGGUUCUCCACAGCGAGGGUACUCCGAGAAUAAACAAUUCCCACAGACUAUACGCUACACACCUCAGCUCGAUCACAGUCGCAGCACAAAAAAAAAACCUGACGCAUUUUUUGGACUACAUUUUUAUUACAGCCUGCCUUGCUAUUUUUGUUCCUUGCUAAAACAGUCAACACAGAUGCGACCGUAUUCAUUGGAUUUGCCGUCUCCGGUCGAAUAAUAGCCGAACGAUGCGCCUCUCCGGCUGACUGUGGGGUGGACAACGCAGGUCCCUCAUGUGAGAUCUGCAGAGCUGAAAGGCGCCACUGACAGAACCACAGCCAGGCCUUAGGACAUAUAUCCCAAACAUCCACAGCCACAGAAUGUGUCAACAUCUCUGUGGUGAAAUCCCACUGACUCCUUGCUUGCUACUCACAUAAGCCUGGAGCUGGGCCCUCUGGGAUCCUACAGUUUUUAAAGGCAUAUAACAAUGCCUUGGAGGUCCACCUGCCCCAGACUGCCCCCAACUAUGGUUGCUGUUUCACCACAGUGUUGACUGUGCCCACUACAGAAAGGGAUCAUAUCUGGCCAGUGCAUCCUCCAGCCCCCUGCAGACUCACUCUGUGCAAUUGCCUGCUCUCUUUUCGGUAUUUAGGAAGUACAUGCCACUGUCAACCAGAUGACCUAGUGGACAUUUGUCUCCCAGUAGCAGUGCAAAAUCAUACAAGGGGAUCCUAGUAUUGAACAUGACUCAUGGGGAGGAGCCUGGCCCUGAGACACACAAGGAUUCAGCUGUUCUAACUUAUCUGGAAGGUUUACUGAUGCAUCCAGUGGUGGCCGGGCCCGGGGCCACGGCAAGUGGAAGGUCUGAGGCUGCCCGCAGCAACCAGGAGCAGAGUGAUGAGGUGGGUGGGCCUUUCCAACUACCCAACCAUGGCCCCACUGCUCCUAAGGCUGGAACCAAUGGGCCCACACUAGGUUCUUCGCAGCAUCUGAAGAAGGCCCGCCUACUGCGCUCUGGAGCCUGGAACGAUCCAGGGAACCAGAGGAUGAGUUCACCCCCAAUAGAGCUGAAUGGCCAAGGGGGAGGUCUGCAAAAUGGAACACUAGAGGGAUCUCCACAUGCUGGUGAGAGCACCCUUUUGGCUUCCCUGCUUCAGUCAUUCAGCUCGCGGCUUCAGAGUGUUGCAAUGUCUCAGCAUUCUAAUAAACCUCCCAGUGAGUGUUCCUCUCCCUCCAAGGCACCACCUGCAGACAAAGAGCCACUUCCUGUGUAUGGGACAGCGUCAAGCCGCCUCAAGGGCCUAAUGAGGAAGAGCAAACUUCAAAAUCACACUAACACACCUUACAGUCGCCGGGGACAUAAUCAAGACAGACCCCCAGAAUCACCCCGGUCAGCACACAGUGCUACACCUCCCUCUGCUCCUACAACUGCUGAAUCAGUGUCCUGUGCGGAGCGUCUGAAGGCAGUGGCCAACAUGGUGAAAAUCCGCUCUAGUCCAGCUCCUUCACCCAAGCCCAGUGUGGCCUGCAGUCAACUGGCCCUGCUGCUGUCCAGUGAAGCUCAUCUCCAGCAGUACUCCAGAGAGCAUGCACUAAAAGCCCAGCUCUCAGGAAGAUCUGCCAGCGAGAGACUAGCUGCCAUGGCAAACCAGCAGCAUGGCCCGGACAAAAGGCCCCCCAGUGUGGGAGGGACUCUGCCUGGAGCCCCAGACACACUAAACUCCUUAACAGCCCAAAAUGGAAUGGCAAUAACGACCACAAUAACAACAACACUCCCUCGGAUGGCCCUGUCCAGUCCACACAGCCCCUCUUUGCUGCGUGGCCACAGCCAAAGCUCCCCAACUACUCCCCCACAUGCUCCAAACCCCACUCAAAGCCAACAACCUAGGGAGAAGAGAGGCUUUGACUCACGUCCAACUCGCCCCCCCCAGACAUGCAGCAGCUUGCUACUGCUUCUACUUAACAACCACAACAACCAGAAGCCGCUGACCAAGAAUGGGCACCUGGAGGACAGCUGUGGCAUUCUGCAGCAAAGCGGCUCCUCUUCAGUCACAUCGGACAGCGAGUGUUCCACCCAGGAGAGAAGCCUGACCAAGGACAGCAGUGACGCAGAGAGUUCCUACUCGAGUUGCUCUCCCAUUGACCUCUCCAUGCGAAGCCGAGCCAGUACACAAGACACAGGGCCCAAAACUACCACCACUUCUUCCUCCUCCUCCUCUUCCACCGCUACCCUCUCUUCUUCAGCCAUAGUGUUUUCCUCCGCCCCAGCCACAUUCUCUCCACAAGCUUCUGCUCAACCCUCCACCACAACCUUUUCACCAUCCUCUACUGUUGUAUCCUCUGUUUCCACAGCUGUUUCUUCAUCUUCAUCCUCCUCUAUCUCUACCUCCUCCCUGGACAAACUAACUGAAUCUUUAAUAAACAAGUGGAAGCCAGAGCCAUCAGAAACAAAGGUGUGCAAGAACAAGGAGCCUGAAAUGAGCCCAGACCUAAGAUCACACUCUAAGGUCACACUCAUGCAGCUUCUCCUUGAGCGCAGAAAUAAUGAGAUGGUUAAUAAAAGCGUGGGUAACCAGGAUUUACCACUUGAUAUUACUAUGGCCACCAUGUCUCGAGACCAACCAAAGGGUUUCCUGCCAUGGGAGGAGACCAGGACAAAAAGCCCCAUAGAAGGACCUGUAGCCCCAGCCCAGCCCCUCUACUCACUUGGCUGUGACCCUAGUGGUGCACUAUCCCCAUACUCCUACCCCUCCCCCCACGUUCAGUCCAGCCCAUUGGAUUUGUGUAAGUCUAAAGCCUUCCCUGCUGAGAAGGCUUCAGAGCCUGCCUUCAGUGCCAGCAAACUGUUACAAAAUCUGGCUCAGUGUGGCACAGCUUCUUUCUCCCCACCCAUUCCCUCCAGCAAAGGGCUGGGUCAGGAGCUUGAUGCUAGCAGGCCCCUUGCUCUAUUGGAAAGGCUCAAUGCUCCAAUCCACAGGACCACUACCACUCCACUCUCAGAUGGACCCUCAGACAGUGGCACACCUUUUAGUCAGAAGGAACCUUCUCCUCCUUCAUCACAGAUUGAGAACCUUCUAGAGAGGCGCACUGUGCUUCAGCUCCUGCUAGGAACAGGCUCGGCUAAUGUCACAGUCACCCGUAAAGAUAGGCCCAGUGGCAGUGGCAGGAGGAGUGUGGAGGUUGCAGGUGGGGGCUAUGAGAAGAGCCCUGGUGCCUCUAUCAUUUGUGACAGCUCCAAUGGGACCCCUUUGGAUGUAAAAGUCAAAACUGAGGAGGUGGGACCGUCUUCAGCCAUGUUUGAGGACUUAAGUGGCAGGAAGAGACCCAGUAGCCAUGAAAAGAAUAACCCCCGCUCAGAUUCUCAGCAGGACUUAAAAACAGAACCACGGCCCACAGAGGUCAUAGCUAAAUAUGGCCUCCUCAGCCAGCUGCUUAAACAACAGACUGCUACUUACUAUACCAGUUCUGUUCCUCAGGCUGAGACACAGCCCAGACAGGUUAAAGAGGAACAGAGGGAGUAUCCGAGCCCCAGUCCUAAGAAGAGACGAUUCUGCUCUGAAGGGACUGAGAGGUUGAAUAAUACCAUCUCUCCAAGAGCAGUGGGCAGUGGUGACAUGAACAAUUUUCCGUCUUCUGCUGCUCAGGAAGAGCCUGGCCAGCAGAUGAGUGUGAAGGAGGAGGAGGCUCCACCAAGUGAAAACCUCACCAGAGAGAGUCGGGGCUUCAAUGUGCUCAAACAACUGCUGCUCUCUGACAACUGCCUGAAGGAGCUGUCCCAGCAACCCCAAGGGACUCCCAGUCCUUCUGUACUACAGGCUAAUGGCAAGGCCAAUGGCAGCAUACUCAGUCAGCCUGUCCAUAAUCACAGCUUCCUCCACCUGCCCGGCUGGCACCCGCAUGGUUCCCUCAACUCAGGGCUUCCGAGUAAUCUCAGACCACCGCCCACCCCUCCUGCAGGUGACAGUCCUGUCCGCCCCUCCUGGAGCCGCCACCCAGCUCCAUGGCCAGUUACUCAAAAAUGUCCCCCUACUCUAGUCAAACAGGAGCCUGAGAGCCCUGUGAGGUGGAGUAGUCAGGAGAAUGAGGAGGAGGAGGGUUGUGACUCAAACCUGGACUCUCCACGACUCUCGCGCUCCAACCCCAUCCUGUAUUACAUGUUGCAGAAGGGUAGCAUUCAGCUGAGGAAGGAGAUGCGGGAUCAGGCAGACGGAACCCAGUCUGUGGUCAGAGUUAAAGAAGAGCCAAUCAGUGACAUGCAUGCUUAUGAACACAGUUUGAGCUCCAUCCCGCAAUCUCCGAACCACAAUGACAAGCACAGCCAUGAGAGCCAGAGGCUGAGCCAAUCUUAGGAGUAGAAGUUGUAUCAACUACAGAAAAAUACAAAGCAGAAUUUAAUUCAUUGAUUUUUUUUUUUUUUUUUUAAUGACUUGCCAAUUUGUUGUUUGUUUGUUUUUUCAAAUUCAAAUGCAUACUUGCACUGGAUUCUCAAUUUGAAAUAGUGAGAUCAUGAAAUGGCACAAAACAGGUCCAAUUGAUCCAACUAAAACUACACAGCUGUCACAAAUGUAACCUUUUCCAUGAGUGAUUAUCAUGCACAUGGAUAUUUGGUCAAUUAUUAAGUCCUCCUUAACAAAUUGGUCUUGUUUUACACUUGUUAUUUCUAUCUGAAUUGUACCCAAAUCACAAUUCCAUGUCCCCUUUGUUGCCUGCCAUAAAACAUUUAGAAAGAACAUUUCAGGCAACAUUAAUUAUUGGUAACUCCAAAAACAUUAGUGCUCAGUGCAGUGGACAUUUAUUUAUUUUCUCCGUCAGAACAUUUUCAGAUGGACAGAGUCCCAUCAGUUUUAGAUAAGAUUCCAAAUACAGUCAUUCUAGAGCAGACACAGUGGUCUAUUACAGCAAUGCACAUAAUAAAUUCAUUCAACAGAGGACCUUGAAAACAAUAUUCACACUACAAAAGCAGUGAGGAUCCUACCAUGAUGAAUUAUUUGUCUUGCUUUUCCUCAAGAUCCACAGUUUGGGAUAAUUAACAAUGGAGGAAGAAUAUAUCAGUGAAGGUGGAAUAGUCACAAUUCAUUGAGUUAUGCUUUCAUUUGAUUUGAACUUUUAAGGGCAGUAUUUGACAGUGCAAAUUCAGGGUGGUGUGUUUGCAGACUGUGCAGAUUUGAGCAGAUGGGUCAACAGAGCAUGUGUAGUGCUUACAGUUGAGCAACUGCAUGUUAACAGGUUUCUAGAGCAACAGUUAGAAGGCUGCAGUGUCUGAGAAACUUAUCUCACCAUCCUGGGUAAAGCCACACCACUUUUCUUCAUGUACACAAACAACUUAAAGUGUGAAGCACAUGGCUUUUUCUUUUCAUUUCAUGUAAAGGACCUAUAGUCUGCACUAUCAAGGCUAAGUCCUAAGUUACCUUUUCAGAAUAAUUUAAUGGCAUGUAUUAAAAAAUGUCAGUAUUGUUAUCUGUUGAGAAUUUGACAGUUUGUGAUUUUUUUUCAUCAUUUGUUAACUGUUGUGGUUUAUGAACAUCUUUCAUUAAUUUUUGUGGCAGUCUCUUAACUCAUAAAAUGUCAAAAGAAUCGCAUGAUAAUGAAGAGAAGACCACAGGUACAUCUUUGUUUUCAGAGCAGCUGGAUAUGUGUAACUGCCCCCCAAUAAUCACCAAGACAUUUUGGUGUCUUGAGGGGAUAUCUGGUAUCUAGCUCCUUCUUUUUGUUGUACUGUACUCUUUUCAGUUAAUGUCACACACUGCGUUAUCCAUUUAGUCCUGUGAUCUUUUUAAUACAUUUACCUAUGAAGUACAUCUCUUCAGUUAUUAAUACAUUUUCACAAUGGUUAAAUAUAUUUGUGUAAAUAGUACUUUCAGUAUGAAAGAUAACUAUUUUGUAAUGUUUAAGAAAAGAUAUUACCCUAGUUUUUAAUGCCCUGAUAUGUAAAUAUGAAUUAUAUGCAUACAAGUGUACAUACAAAGGCAGAGGAUGCUAUGCCCAUCUUUUUUGGUUGGUUUGUUCUUUGCAUGUGUCUCUGUGUGGUAAAUGAUAAUCUAUCCUGCGCUGUGUUGUGUAAUAAUGUCUGACUCUCCUCACUGCUGCCUGUUGCAUGCAGACGCAUGGGAACUACCUGUGUAUCCCUACUGGUGAUGGGGGAAAAUGUCAAGUCUUAAAAUAGGUCUUUUUUUUUUAUCACAGAGAGAGGUUCGUUUAGAAUAUGAACAGUCUCUAAAUAACCACAGACUGUUGAGCAAGUUGAUUUAAAUGUGUGAAAAAUAAACGUGCAUUGAAUAUUUUUGUGAUUUUCUGUUACUGGUUAACAAAGCUCUGUGAAAGAGCUCGGGGCUAUAGCGGGGGAUUGACGUACAAUCAUAGAUCUGCAUUGUGCAUCUGAGAAAUACAUUUGUAGCAGCAAAUAUGACAAAAAAGAUGUUUCAUUUUUUCAUGUGAAGACCUGAAACAUUAUAUCAUUUUUUAUGUUUUCAUUUUUGGUGUUCAUUUGCACUGAUAACUCAAAAAUAAAGUACUCAAGUGCA